CCCUCCCACGGACUUGUUCACGCGCCAAAAGAUGACGUCAUCACAGCGUCGUGUUUCCACACAGGCAGAAGAGAAGGAAGAGAAGGAGAGCAGAAUCCCUCCAUCAUCUCCUGGAGGCUCUUCUUGCUUUUUCAUGCGUUUCAGAGGGACACAAGACGUUCAGAUGGAGUCCGAGGAAAACCUGCUGAGAGUUUUUCUGCUGCUGCUUCUGACGGGAAUCACUCAGGUGGGCCCAGUGGACCUGGAGGAGGGCUGGCAGGUCUUCAGUUCAGCUCAGGACUCUGAAGGCCGGUGUAUCUGCACAGUUGUGGCUCCUCAGCAGACAGUCUGCUCCAGAGAUGCUCGAACCAAACAGCUCAAACAGCUGCUUGAGAAGGUCCAAUACAUGAGUCAGUCCAUUGAGGUUCUGGAUCAGCGCACUCAGAGGGAUGUUCGUUUUAUGGAAAAGAUGGAGCUUGAGUUGCGAGGCCUGGAAGAGAAGUUUAAACAGGUCGAGGAAGGACAUGAAACUAAUAUUGCCCGGCAGUACAAGUUCAUCAAUUCAAAGAUGGAGGAGCUACUGCCUCUGAUUUCCGUACUGGAGUCCUACAAGGCAGAUGUUCGGUUGGUACGUCAGUUUAAGGAAGAGGUAGCAAAUUUGACAGAGCUGCUAGCUUUGCUGCAGGAGCAGCUGGGAGGCUUUGAUUACCAGGAGCUUCACAGCCGAGUGGCGAGUCUGGAGGACAGGCUGAGGGCCUGUAUGCAGAAACUAGCCUGUGGGAAACUAACGGGAAUCUCUGAACCAAUCACAAUAAAGACAUCUGGUUCAAGGUUUGGAUCCUGGAUGACUGACCCACUGGCACCGACAGGAGACAACAGAGUCUGGUAUAUGGAUGGUUACCAUAACAACCGUUUCAUUAGAGAGUACCAAUCCAUGCAUGACUUCAUGACAACUGAUAACUUCACCUCUCAUCGCCUCCCACAUCCUUGGUCGGGUACUGGCCAGGUGGUUUAUAAUGGCUCUGUCUACUUCAAUAAAUUUCAGAGUCACACCAUCAUCAAGUUUGACUUCAGCACGUCGCUCAUCAGCCGCUCUCGCCAGCUUGACUUUGCUGGAUACAACAACAUGUAUCACUACUCCUGGGGAGGGCACUCAGACAUUGAUCUUAUGGUAGAUGAGGGUGGACUCUGGGCUGUCUAUGCAACAAAUCAAAAUGCAGGAAAUAUUGUCAUCAGUCAGCUAAAUCCCAACACUCUUCAAAUCUUCCGCAGCUGGACCACUAACCACCCAAAGCGCAGUGCUGGAGAAGCAUUUAUGAUCUGUGGCACUUUGUAUGUUACCAAUGGUUAUUCUGGGGGAACAAAAGUGUACUAUGCCUUCUCCACCAACUCUUCCACCUAUGAGUACAUCGACAUCCCGUUGACUAAUAAAUACAGCCACCUGUCAAUGCUGGACUAUAACCCUCGUGACCGAGCUCUGUAUGCUUGGAACAACGGACAUCAAGUCCUCUACAAUGUCACGCUGUACCACAUCAUCCAGUAAACCUUAAACUAGCAUGAAGACAUUUUGGUAAAUCUUUUGGUUUUCUAUCAUACCUCAGUUCAGGUUCCAGUCGCAGACCAGAUACACGG